GCCAGAAAUGGAUUCUCGAAAGCAAUGUCAGUGUAAAGUGUUAUUGCUCGAUGGUACAGAUAUGAAUGUCGUGAUUCAGAAAAAUGCUGCCGGUCGAGAAUUAUACGAUCAAGUUUUUUAUACACUAGACUUAGAAGAGCGAGAUUAUUUUGGUUUACAGUUCAUGGACCACUAUCAUGUGCAGCAUUGGUUGGAUCCGAUAAAGCGAAUAAAUAAGCAAGUACCAAUCGGCCCGCCCUACACAUUUCGAUUUCGGGUAAAAUUCUAUUCAUCUGAACCGAAUAAUUUGCGCGAAGAAUUAACGAGAUAUCAGUUCUUCCUGCAGCUGAAACAGGAUAUCCAGACAGGAAAAUUGGAAUGUCCCAAAGACACAGCUAUUGAACUUGCCGCCUUUGCUCUACAGUCGGAGCUCGGGGAUUAUAACUCUGCGGAACACACACCGGCUCUAAUUUCGGAAUUUCGAUUUCAUCCCGAACAGGAUGAAGAAAUGGAGAUUGCGGUUUUGGAAAAAUUCAUCAAUUGCCGAGGGCAGUCACCAGCCACAGCCGAAAUAAAUUAUUUGAAUAAAGCGAAAUGGAUAGAGCUGUAUGGUGUUGAUAUGCAUACUGUUGAAGGAAAGGAUGGCAACUUAUACAGUUUGGGUUUAACACCGACUGGUAUGCUGGUAUUUGAUGGUGCUCAAAAGAUUGGUUUAUUUUUGUGGGAAAAGAUCCAGAAACUUGAUUUUAAGAAUCGGAAAAUCACUCUUGUCGUGGAAGAGGAUGCUGAUCAGGCUGGUGGACAAGUGCAACUGCAUACAUUUGUAUUCAAUCUGUCAUCUCAUAAAGCUUGCAAACAUUUAUGGAAAUGCGCCAUCGAACAUCACACAUUCUUUCGGCUCAAAUAUCAUAAGCCGCGAGUCGCUAAAGCAUCACAACUAUUUCGAUUGGGUAGCACAUUCCGGUAUAGAGGGCGAACGGAGUAUGAAAAUGUACACAAAGAUGGUGGGCGGCUUUCUCGUCGGCAAUCAGCCACAUUUGAGAGACGGCCGUCGCAACGAUACGGUCCAAGGCAGAGCCUGGUAAACAAAAGAAUACAACUGCGAAAUGAUUUCAAAAAACAGGUUGGUGCCUCUGCAGGGUUACCAGUAGCUGAUCUUAUUCCUCCUCCUGAAGGAUCGUGUCCUGCUGCAAACAGUGAUAAGCGUACAUUGGACAGUAAUGGUAUAGCAAGUAGUGACUAUAGAACCGCGAUUAACGGUUAUGCAAAUUCGUCCGGAAUCGAAACUUCAUUUGACAAGAACGUAACAUGUGAUGAACAAAUUAACGAUAUCAGGGAGCUCGAUAAGUCACCAUCUGUUUCAAAAAAGCAGUACAGUUCAAGAAAAGAUCCUACACAUUCCAGAUCCACUCCAUUACAAUUCAUGGAUGGUAUAAAGAAAUCGGAAGUUGUUAAUACUACCUUGAACAUGGCUCAUGAACCUGCACUUCGAUGGUCGGAAUCUUUGACAUCAAUAACAACCGCAAUCCGACCUCCGACUAGUCAUGUUACAAGAAUCGCUAUCAGUAACAACGACUGUCAAACAAAUUGUCCUGCGUCACCACAUAUCUCAUUGCAGGACACGUCAAUCACACACUGCCUUGUAAUCAAUAAUAAUGGCACGCCACUACUAGAACAUUUUCCGCCUGUUUCUACUGCUUCACCAAAUAUUCGACAGUCGCUCAUCCCAAGGAAUUUCUCUGCAAAUAUUCCUGGAAUGAAACUUUCCGGAUCGUCAGUAUCCAGUCCUACUACUCCAGUACCAACUUGUAGAACUUCACCCAACAAAAUAUGUGCCGGGUCGCUUGUCCGUUCACCGGUUUCUUCUCUGACCAAGAUACCUUUGAACCAAACUUUCAUGGUUUUACCGGAGGAGGAAGAUUUCCAAAAUUCUACCGCAAUCAAUGGACAUGCUCAUCCUGCUAUAACCAGCGGUCGUUCUUCAAUUCAACACUCAUCCGUAACAAAUGGUCAAGACAAGGUUUCGACUAUUCCUGCUCCUACCAUGUCUUCCGCAUCUUCAUCCUCUGGCGUAGUUAGGACUAGCACUUUUACGAUAAAUGAUCGCAAACUGUUUGGGCAAACUGAGUACGAUAUCAGAUUUGACAAAAGUGAUACAGUUUCUGCUAACCGCCUAUCGGAGUCACAGUCACGUAUACCGCAUUUGCGCACAGUAAAAUGCCCUAACACAAUCGCAGUGAAAAAACCAUACGUUCCUUUUGCAUCAACAAUGCAAACCUCGACAGGGAACACUGAACCUAUUGGAGAAGUUGGUGACAAAACACAUCGGUCUCGACUACCGGUGAGAAGUGGUCAUGCUGGUGGCAGCUCAAUGGCAGCUUCUGAAACGCAUAGAUCUAGAAUUUCUUCUUGCGAUGAGAAGAUAUCUCAGAGUCGAAUACCGGUAAUGGCUAGCAGUAUACGUCGUUCACAUCCUUAUAUACAACCUUCAGGCCAAAUGUGAGGGUAAAACCUUCUGAAGUAUCGACAACAGAAACCGUUAUGGCAUCAACAAAUAGCCGAAUGAUCACUGAUUUAUGAACCGUUUUCUUCAACAAGAUGAAAUCCAUACUAGUUCCAGAUGCCUUCCUAAUAGAAGUUAUCAUAUCCUUGUAUUUUAAUGAUACUGCUAGAAAAAACUGUACUGACUGAUUAAUUGCUUGAUUGAUUGAUUGAUCGACUCUAAUUUUCAACUUACAUUGGUCAUCCAGAAAGUUGGGUUUUCAAAGAGCGAAGAAUCCAUGCCACAAAGAUUGGAGUAUUCCAUUUAAGAUUAAU